AGCCUGUGCACCUUCAGACUCUGACAGGAAGGCGAGCCGGGUGGGUGACGCAAAGUCAGAGCAGAGGACGCGGCAUCACGGGCACAAAGGGAAGGGCAUCAGUGGAGAGCGCACAACGCGCACAGAGAGCGAUAGUGAGUAAAACAAUGAGGGAUGCGCAAUUGACAUGAUCGUUCAAUAAAAACCUGCGACUCAUAGGCUAUAGAGAAGAACUGCAACAGGACCCCCAAGGGAAGGAAGCCAAGUUCACCUAUAGCGCAUCCGUAGAAGAUGUCACCAGAGGGACCCUCAUAGCUGGAAAAAUUCUACAACUCAGCUUUAACUGACAACCAAUCCUCUCCUCUAACUGACUGAUUGACAGCCACCUGGUCCAAUCACUGCUUACUUCCCCACAUCCCCUCCACCCCACACUUCCAGUGCAAUGGCAUCCUACAGCCCCACCCCCACACAAGAGCCCGCCACCAACGGCGGGUCGCCCUCGCUCAAGUCGGGCGGCUCAGGGGGCGACAACGAUUCCAUGAAGCUGAAGAAGGAGAUCUCUCUCCUGAACGGCGUGUGUCUCAUCGUGGGCAACAUGAUCGGCUCGGGCAUCUUCGUCUCGCCUAAAGGCGUUUUAAUAUACAGCGCCUCCUACGGGCUGUCGCUGGUAGUGUGGACCAUCGGCGGUAUCUUCUCUGUGUUCGGGGCCCUGUGCUACGCCGAGCUGGGGACCACCAUCACCAAGUCAGGGGCCAGUUAUGCUUACAUCCUGGAGGCCUUCGGAGGGUUCCUGGCCUUCAUCAGGCUGUGGACGUCCCUGUUGAUCAUAGAGCCCACUAGCCAGGCAGUCAUAGCCAUCACCUUCUCCAACUACAUGGUGCAGCCCGUCUUCCCUACCUGCAUAGCACCCUAUCUGGCUAACCGCAUGCUGGCAGCGGCCUGUAUAUGUUUGCUGACCUUUGUGAACUGUGCCUAUGUGAAGUGGGGGACGCGUGUCCAGGACUUCUUCACCUACGCUAAGGUCAUCGCACUCAUCGCUGUCAUCAUCACCGGCCUGGUCAAGAUAGGACAAGGCCAGACGCAGAACUUUGAGGGUAUGUUUGAGGGCUCAUCCACGGAUCCAGGAGACAUAGCUCUGGCCCUGUACUCUGCUCUGUUCUCCUACUCCGGCUGGGACACACUCAACUUCGUCACAGAAGAGAUCAAAAACCCAGAGAGGAACCUGCCCCUGGCCAUCGCCAUCUCCAUGCCCAUCGUCACGGUGAUCUAUAUUCUGACCAACGUUGCCUACUACACUGUGCUGCCCAUUCCUGCCAUCCUGGACAGUGAUGCCGUGGCUGUGACGUUUGCAGACCAGGUGUUUGGCGUGAUGAACUGGACCAUCCCUCUAGCGGUGGCUCUCUCCUGCUUCGGAGGACUCAACGCUUCUAUUCUGGCUGCCUCCAGGCUGUUCUUCGUGGGCUCCAGGGAGGGCCAUCUCCCAGACUAUCUGUGCAUGAUCCACGUCACCCGCUACACCCCCAUCCCCGCACUGCUCUUCAACGGUGCCAUGGCGCUGGUCUACCUGUGUGUGGAGGACAUCUUUAAACUGAUCAACUACUACAGCUUCAGCUACUGGUUCUUUGUGGGCCUGUCUAUCCUGGGACAGCUGUACCUGCGCUGGAAACAGCCAGACAGAGUCAGACCCCUCAAGCUCAGUCUGUUCUUCCCGAUCAUCUUCUGUUUCUGCACUGUGUUCCUAGUGGUGGUUCCCAUCUACAGUGACACCAUCAACUCUCUGAUUGGCAUCGGCAUCGCCCUAUCAGGAGUGCCUGUCUACUUCCUGUGUAUCUAUACUCCCGCCACCAAAAGGCCCAUGUGGCUCCGCAGGUUCUUUGCCAACUUUGGUCUGUUGAUUCAGAAGGUGUGCUAUUCUGUCGUGACCGAGUUGGACGUCAUAGACAAGUUGGAGUGAAGAUAUUAAAACCAACCAACACACUGCUGCCGCCGACAACUGAAGACGCACAAAACUAGAGGCUCAACCACACCCCCUCCUGGCCAGUAUCUCCCUCGGCUGCCAAUCAGAGGGCUGAGUCAAACGGCAGCCAUUCAUUAGACCAAAUCUCUAGCCCAACCAAUCAUUGCCAUGAUAUGUUCAUUGGACUAUGGGGUCGUUUUACAGCCAGGGUGACACUCCAGUUGCCUCUGACAUCACAGAGGACAUUCCACACAAACGCACACUACAGAAGAAUCAAUACUAAAACAUUCCUGUGCUCAAAUAUGUUUAUACUCAAAUAUGGAUAUUUCUGAUAGGCUGCGUUUACACAGGCAGCCCAAUUCUGAUCUUUUUAUCGCUAAUUGGUCUUUUGAGGAAUCAGCUCU